AUGUUGCGACGAUUUGCAUUUCAAAAUGGCAAUGAUUCCAGACUUCAAUGCAACCACAAUAAUUCGACGAUAGCAAUGCAGCGUUGUCUAUCACUAGUUUUUAUCACAAUCCUGAACCAGGCGACUGUUUUGGAAGGAUUUCAGCCAGUCACUCAACAAAUCAUUCGACGGCGGCUUUCCACAACAAUGAUGUCGAAAUCAACAUCGAGUGAUCUAAAAGCAAGUACCUGCACGACAAAAGAGAAUGGGCGAUUCCCAUCUCGAGAGCUGUUGAUUCACUGGCGGGGUGAAAAGGACGUUGGUUACAGCAAACCCUUUCGACAAUUGGAGUUUGCCAGUGCACUCCUAGCCGAACUAAAAGUUCCCACAGAAGGCGAGUCGAUGCUCCAGUUUCAAAAUGCUUUAAACUACAAUGGACAAGCUCAAAUGGCGGAUGUCAAUGUGGAGCAUUUUAACGAGGCCAUGCAAUUUGUGACCUUGAACGAAGAAGCUUGUUCGGAAGACAUCCAAGUCCCACGCAAUGCCAUCAUAUCGACCGUAAAACGAAGUGCCUUGGUGCAUGCUUGUUAUGAAGUGAUUGCUGCUUCGGAAAACAUUGAGGAACUUGCGGAAUUGGCCGUUCAAGAUGGUGGUUUUCAAGAUAUGUACAAAGGAGGCACCAAUGAAAAAGCGACAUGGUGCUUUCGAGCACGAAAUUAUGGAGACAUUCCAGCAGUCGCUACAGAAACUGUAGUGGGAAAGGAGAAACGAUACUCCUCUAGUGCUCGGUCCAUGAAGCUAGAAAAGGAAGGUCUCAAGGCGCUGACAGAGUUGCUAUUAAAGUUUGGCGGAAAGGUAGACCUGCUCAACCCUGAUUGCAAGAUAUACAUCUUCGAUGGACUUGAAGGAGGCAUGAAAAUGUUGGCACGACGGAUUGCAGUAGGUCCGAGAACCUCCAUAAUUGCUCCCGCCACGAGAAUAUGCAUCACGAAUACCCCUUUGGAACCUAUUGCAUCCUUCUCUCUUUGUAAUGUUGCCAGGAUCUGCAACGACAUGGCCAUUUUGGAUCCCUAUGCCGGUUCGUGCGCUACAUUGAUGGCAUCUGCCAUGAUUGCUCCUCAUAGUCAGACGGUAGGAAUUGAAAUCGCCCACAACGGCAUUGUCAAUCGAGACGAUAUUCGAAAGGAUUUUUCGAGCCGCAACUUGACUCUACCUGUGGCAUUACUCCAGGGCGACUCGACCAACCAAACCAUUCGAGAAGAAGCCAAGGCUGCCAUUCGAAAUCGACCAUUCGAUGCCAUCAUUGCGGACCCGCCAUAUGGCAUUCGGGAGUCGCUUAGCUACAAUGACAAGAGUCCAUUGGAAGAGCUUUUUGCCUCUAUUGCUAAGGAUAGACAAGCUAACGAGCGACUACUCCGAAAAGGUGGGAGGUUAGUAGCCUUUGUCGCAGUUACAGACGAAGAAACGCUGGAAGAGAUGUUGCCAGGCGAAGACUUGGCUCGAGAAGCAGGACUCGCAUUUGAGGUGUCUAGAGAGCAACCCUUGAAUGAUAAACUGAGUCGAUGGCUCGUAUCAUAUAUUUGCAAAGAAUGA